AGGAGGAGGAGGAGGAGGAGGAGGAGGAGGAGGGCGAGGCUGCCCUCCCCCCUCUGGGGCAGGGCGAGCGGCCCACGGCGAGGGGCCCCCGGGCUCCCUGCCGCAGCCUCGCGCGCGCGGCGCCGCGCGGGCCCUCCUGGCCCGUGCGCCCCUAUGAGGUCGCUCGGCUGCGCCGGAAGGGCGCCGGCUCGGCAAGGUCGGACGCGCGAAAGGGGUACAGCCGGGCCAAGACACUUCGCCACUGCUUGAGACAGACAGGAACCGUGCCUAGACGGUACAUCGGUUGCAAAUCGAAUGUAUGUACAAUCAAACUCCAACUCCAGAUGGGACGAUGUACACAUCUGCCCGGUCAUGCCCGACCCCGCCAGGAGGCACACAAGGUGGACGACCCGGAAGAGCAGCGGCAGCAGGUGGCAAAGGAGGGGGCAGAGAAGGGAGGGGCAUGCAGCGUCACACCUCGCUCCUCCCGAGGGCGCGCGGCGCUGGAGCGGACGGCCCGAGCGGCUCCGCCUCGCCGCUCUGGCCCUCCUGGCAGCUGUGGACCCUCGAGGUCGCUCGGCUGCGCUGGAAGGACCUCGGCUCUGCAACGUACAGCUUCCGGGGCUCGGGCAGGUCGUCCAGCGUUACGAUGAACGCGAUGGCAAAUGUGUCCUUCGCGAAGUCCAUUGCAGAGCCUGAGCUCAUCAACACCAGAGGGGUAUAUGCGAAAACGAGAUCGAUGCACACCGCAUUGAUCACGAAACUCAUGAUGAAACGAGGCAGAACAGUCGCCCAACCGAUGUUGAUGCGGCCGUUCCUGUCGUAUUCCACACGUUUCGUGUCCAGGGCACCUUCCUCAGGGUUGCCUCUCUCAGAGAUCACGGAGCGAUGCGACUCUGUGCACAUCUCCGCACUGGUAUUGAGCAUGCACAUCCACCAACCCCAACGCUCAUAGAAAGACUUUGACACCUGCGUCACGGCCAUGAGCUGCACAACGACCGAGCAUGCAAAGAAGAGAACGGUGCGGUCAAAACCCAAAAUCUUGGACUCGGCAUCAUCUGCGACUUCGGAACCCUCGGCCAAGGAAAUCACCACCAUCACCAUCAACAUGGCUUGUCCCAAGAAACGCAUGCCGUACUCCGGAAUAUUUGAGCUCAUGUCUUCGUAGACAUUGAGGGCUUCCACGGAGUAUUCCCCGAGGUCAUUAUCUUUCGUGACGUUAUCUAGCUCAACCAUCAGAUUCAACCAGCUACCCUCGUUGUUGUCUCCCGAAUUGUCGAAAGUAAAAUGCGAGCGCUCUACGUAAAUAGUCAUGCAGAGGUCCAUGGCGCUGGUAACGCAAACCCAAACAGUCAAAUAUAGUAUCACUUGCAAGGGAGUCAUCGUGUACGUCGCGGCGUAAAUCCCAAGGUCAACCAUCAUGAACCAGAGAACUUCGAGACUGGAGCUUACAAGGCGGAAUACCUUCCCGAAAAACCACAGCUUCGCCGGCACGAGGAAUUCAUCACCCGACUCGAGCGCAGGAGCUUUGACCCGAUGUUCGUCCGAACAACGAGAGUCAAUAAAAAUCUGGAACGUGUGCGUGGCGCCAUCGGGAGCGAUAUCUUCACAUGAUCUGAGGUAGUACGUACUGUCUUUUGUAAGGGAGCCUCUUGUCCGCGAGACAAGGACAGCCUCGCAAGCACAUCCUCGAAAAACCUCCGACACUUUCGUCGUAGUCCACGUUCUCACAGUAUCGCCAUCAACGCGAUCUACCACCAUCGUCUCUUCUACUUCUUCUCCAACAUAGUACUGGAGUUGGCCAACGUACUGCAUGAAAGUGACAAUGCACCAUCCGAUGACAGCAAUUUGUGCUUCUGGUUGGUCGAUCCACUCUGAAAGGCCCAUGACGUUUCCCAAUCCGCAAGGCAACUGUGUGCAGAAAUGUGAUUGAAACAGCGCCUCGACCCACUACUGCUCGAGCAGGCAACACUUGAGCUAAAAUGGCU